AUGUCCAGUCCAACUGCAUUGAGCACAUAUGAACCCUCCAGCUCACCUGAAACAAGCACAGAAGAAACAUCCAGUCAAACUCAAUCCACCACAUAUGAACCCUCCAGCUCACCUGAAACAAGCACAGAAGAAAUUUCCAGUCCAACUGCACUGACCACAUAUGAACCCUCCAGCUCUCCUGAAACCAGCACAGAAGAAACAUCCAGUCCAACUCAAUCCACCACAUAUGAACCAUCCAGCUCACCUGAAACAAGCACAGAAGAAAUGUCCAGUCCAACUGCACUGACCACAUAUGAAACCUCCAGCUCACCUGAAACAAGCUCAGAAGAAACAUCCAGUCCAACUCAAUCCACCACAUAUGAACCCUCCAGCUCACCUGAAACAAGCACAGAAGAAAUUUCCAGUUCAACUCCACUGAGCACAUAUGAACCCUCCAGCUCACCUGAAACAAGCUCAGAAGAAACAUCCAGUCCAACUCAAUCCACCACUUAUGAACCCUCCAGCUCACCUGAAACAAGCACAGAAGAAAUUUCCAGUUCAACUCCACUGAGCACAUAUGAACCCUCCAGCUCACCUGAAACCAGCACAGAAGAAACAUCCAGUCCAAAUCAAUCCACCACAUAUGAACCAUCCAGCUCACCUGAAACAAGCACAGAAGAAAUUUCCAGUCCAACUGCACUGACCACAUAUGAACCCUCCAGCUCUCCUGAAACCAGCACAGAAGAAACAUCCAGUCCAACUCAAUCCACCACAUAUGAACCAUCCAGCUCACCUGAAACAAGCACAGAAGAAAUUUUCAGUCCAACUGCACUGACCACAUAUGAACCCUCCAGCUCACCUGAAACAAGCACAGAAGAAAUGUCCAGUCCAACUGCAUUGAGCACAUAUGAACCCUCCAGUUCACCUGAAACAACAAAAGACAAAGCAUCAGAUCCAACUGAUUCGACCACAUAUGAACCCUCUAGCUCACCUGAAACAAGCACAGACGAAACGAUCAGCCCAACUGAAACAACUGUGUAUGAAUCCUCCAUUUCACCUGAAGCAACCACAAAAGAAACAUCAGGUCCAACUGAAUCAACUACAUAUGCACCCUCCAACUCACCCGAAACAAGCACAGAAGAAAUAUCCAGUCCAACUCAAUCCACCACAUAUGAACCCUCCAGCUCCCCUGAAACAAGCACAGAAGAAAUUUCCAGUCCAACUGCACUGAGCACAUAUGAACCCUCCAGCUCACCUGAAACAAGCACAGAAGAAAUUUCCAGUCCAACUGCACUGAGCACAUAUGAACCCUCCAACUCACCUGAAACAAGCACAAAAGAAACAUCUGGUCUAUCUGAAUCAACCACAUAUGAACCCUCUAGUUCACCUGAAACAACAAAAGAUGAAACAGCGGGUCCAUCUGAAUCAACCACAUAUGAACCCACCAGUUCACCUGCAACAAGCACAGAAGAAACAUCCAGUCCAACUGAAUCAACCACAUAUGAACCCUCCAGCUCACCUGAUGCACCUCCAGCUCACCUGAAACAACAAAAGAUGAAACAGCGGGUCCAUCUGAAUCAACCACAUAUGAACCCACCAGUUCACCUGCAACAAGCACAGAAGAAACAUCCAGUCCAACUGAAUCAACCACAUAUGAACCCUCCAGCUCACCUGAUGCAAGCACAGAAGAAACAUCCAGUCGCACUGAAUCCACCACAUAUGAAUCAUCUAGUUCACCUGAAACCACACAAGAUAAAACAUCAGGUCCAUCUGAAUCAACCACAUAUGAACCCACCAGUUCACCUGCAACAAGCACAGAAGAAACAUCCAGUCCAACUGAAUCAACCACAUAUGAACCCUCCAUUUCACCUGAAGCAACCACAAAUGAAACAUUAGGUUCACCUGAAUCUACCACAUAUGAACCCACCAGUUCACCUGCAACAAGCACAGAAGAAACAUCCAGUCCAACUGAAUCAACCACAUAUGAACCCUCCAGCUCACCUGAUGCAAGCACAGAAGAAACAUCCAGUCGCACUGAAUCCACCACAUAUGAAUCAUCUAGUUCACCUGAAACCACACAAGAUAAAACAUCAGGUCCAUCUGAAUCAACCACAUAUGAACCCACCAGUUCACCUGCAACAAGCACAGAAGAAACAUCCAGUCCAACUGAAUCAACCACAUAUGAACCCUCCAGCUCACCUGAUGCAAGCACAGAAGAAACAUCCAGUCGCACUGAAUCCACCACAUAUGAAUCAUCUAGUUCACCUGAAACCACACAAGAUAAAACAUCAGGUCCAACUGAAUCAACCACAUAUGAACCCACCAGUACACCCAAAACAAGCACAGAAGAAACAUCCAGUACUACUGAAUUAACCACAUAUGAAACCCCCAGCUCACCUGAAACAAGCACAGAAGAAACAUCUGGUCCAUCUGAAGCAACCACAUAUGAACCCUCUAGUUCACCUGAAACAACAAAAGAUGAGACAUCAGGUCCAACUGAAUCAACCACAUAUGAACUCACUAGUUCACCUUCAACAAGCACAAAAGAAACACCCAGUCCAACUGAAUCCACCACGUAUGAAACCUCCAGUUCACCUGAAGCAACCACAGCAGAAAUGUCGGCUCCAACUGAAUCAACCACAUAUGAACCUUCCAGCUUACCUGAAGCAAGCACAGUAGAAAUGUCCAGUCACACUGAAUCAACCACAAAUGAACCUUCCAGCUUACCUAGAGCAACGACAGAAAAAACAACCACAACAAGGCUAACAAACACAAUUCCAACUGGACCACAUAUGUCAACAGAUCCACUAACUGUAUCAUCAUUAAGCCCAACAGCAUUCACUACAGUUUCAAGUUCCGCCGUUUCAUAUCCUAAUACAGCCUCUAAUGUUUCUACAACAUUGUUGCCAGGAACUUCCUCUAAACCAGGUGAGAAUUUGUUGUUUAUCGAUUACUACUUUUAAUAUUUUUAAUCACGUGUGACUUUAAGUAGAACAUUUCUGAUCCAAUCAUAUGAAGAUAGCAUAUAUUAAGUAAACUACUAGUCUAUUGGGACAACUUCUUUAUUUUUCUCUUAUACUGACAAAACAUCCAUUAUAUAAAACAUCUAUUAUAUGAACCACCAAAACCGUUUAGCAAUCCCCUCUACAUUAUUUUUGUGAUAUUUUUCUCAAUUAAACUUAAAUUGGGGUGGGGGGGAGGGGGUUGAAGCAUAGAUAAGAUGAUGUGGUCUGGGUGUCUAUAGUGCCCCUUUAAACAUGCUUCCCUUUAGUAGAAAGGUCUCUUAUCCCACAUGUUUUAAAUCAUGUUUUCACUUAUGCUUUUGCUCACCUCACAUUGUUACUUAUAGUCUUUUAUGUCUUGAAUUAGGUCUUCAGUGUCAAAAUGGAGGUUAUUAUGAUGGCAUAAAGUGUGUUUGUGGACCUAACUUCUAUGGACUUCUAUGCGAAUUCAUCCUAAAUGAGAUCAGACCAAGUAAGUUUACUGUGGAUGUGUUAUUUACAAAAUACAAGAGAAAAAACCCCAAAACAUUUGAAAUUGGUGGGGGCUAAGGAGAUGCUUAUAAGUUCAUCUUUAUUAUUUACGUACAUAAGUUUGUAACUAGAUUGUAAUGUGGAGUCCACAUUUUGUAGAUCUGAUAUCAGAAUAGGAAAAUGUAUAUAGUUGCACAGUGCACUUUUAUACUGCACGUAUGCAUUCAUCAUUUGCACUUAUUGUGUAUGUAGUAAAGUUUCACAGCCUUUAAAGGCCUAGCACAUCUAUUUUUUAUUAUAUGUGUAUUUAUGGGCUAUUACAUUUUAUAGGAGCAGCUUGUCACUUUGAUAUAUAAUACUUUAUAAAAUAUCUUUUGUAAUUUGCACUAUUCGAAUUUUAUUAGCGCCUCUUGUACUUGGCUUUGUUUUUAAUUAUCACAAUAGGAAUCCUUUCAUUCUUUUUACUUCAGUGUUUAAUUAGAUGCAAACCAUACAGUUCAUAAAACUCCCUGUUCCUAUACUAUUCCUGCACACCUGAUCCAAAGCAGAACUCACACUUGGUAUAUAGUUAGUAAUCAUAAACUGAGACUUGUAUCAUGUUUUGUAUUCAAAUCGUGUGACUAAAGCAAUUAAAGGCUUUUUCGUAUCUGUGCUUAUUUGUUGUUUGUUUUGUUUUUACUGAUCAAUCUUUUCUGUUCAUGAAAUUGUAGAUAAACUCAUAACUGCAGUAAAUGUCACAGUGAAAGUGUGGAAUGAGAAUUAUGUGCCGGAUCUGGGGAAUAAAGUAUCCACAGCAUAUCUUACAUUUGAACAAAGGUUUAAAGAACAGGUAUGUAUGGAUAAGAGCCUGUUCUUGUUUAUUAACUCAGGGCUCAUGCCCUGCUCUUUCAGCCCUAUAGAUUCAUAUAUUUUUCUACUGCCUCCCCUCUCCUUCAUUGUAUCUAGUAUGGUAAAGAACCACAUUACUCACAUGCUGCACUCAUUAGUUGUGUAGAGCCAUUUUUCUCAUACCAGUUCUCUAGAGCUACCUGCGGUCUAUGAUAUAGUCAUUACCCAGAUUAUUGAAAUAGGGAUAUUAAUAACCCUAGACAAUUAUUGGUCCUUGAGGACUGGUUCUCUGAUUGUCUGUUACCAUCAAAUACAGAAUAUCUACCACAUCAAUAUGGAAAUGGUGGGAGUAUACCAAUAACAUUUAUGAGUAGAGGUCUUUGGAAUGUCGAAGUCAGAGCAUCAACUCUGAAAUUGCACUUAUGAUACAAUAUACUACUUUGGGUCAUACACAUCACCUCAGUCCUAAGUAAUGGUUGAAACAUUUUAAUAAUUUCUCCUUUUUACCCCACUGUGCAGAUGGACCUUGUGUACACAAAGGCGGAAUUUCCCAACUACUUGGGUGUUGAGAUAAUCUCUCUCAGGUGAGAUCCAGAUUAAAUAAACACAUUUAUAAGAUAGGUUUUUGAUUACAGUGACUAGAAAUAAGAUUCAUGAGUGAUACUCUAGAUUUAUAAGAAAUACCAGAAGUUGGAAAAGCGAUAUGAACAUGAUCUCCAUCCAAAGUUGGAUCUCCAUCCAAAGUUGCUUGUUUCUAGAGCUUCCAGAGAGAGCUAUAUAAUAGUGGCUCACGUCACAAAUUAGUGAGAUGAUAUAUGUUGGUCUUUGCUGCCAAUCCGUCAGAAUAUCAAGAAUGUCAAAAGCUUAAGGUAAAUAGAGGUGCAAAAGGGAUUAGAUAAAAAGAAUAAUUUUCAUUCUUAAAAUAAAAUAUGAAUACUUGAAUAAAGGGAUAGAAACAUCCCGACACCAAAAACUCUUCAGAUUAAAAAAAAUAUAUAUAUUUAGGUGAUUUGCAUUGAUUAAUAAUAAUACACCCAAGAUCAAGCUCUUUAAUUACACAUUCAGUGGAAUUCAUAUUAAACUUUGGAAUGUCAUGAAUGUGGACUAGCCUAGUAUCAGUGGUGAUGGGUAGAACAACAGCAAGUGAAAAAUAAAAAGAGAUUUAGUAAUUCCAGGCUAGCUGUCAUAAUGGCAACAAGUAAGUUAAGGUAAUUCGGAAUAACAAAAUGCAUUUCUUCUCUUCAACAGCCAAGGAAGUAUCAUUGUCGAGCACUUGGUCUUACUGGAUGUCUAUGCAGAGGAAUAUGACAUUAUUGCUGAUAACAUUGAGAUAGUCUUAAACAACACAAAUUGUACAAACUAUGUGAAUAACGGUAAGUUGUCAAAGCUUCUAAACAAAUAUGUAGUAGAAUAUUUUAUUAAAAUACAAAUGUAAUCAUCUACACGGAUACACCUGCAUCUAAAUGUAAAUUAUAUUUGAAUGUUAUGAUUAAGAUUUUCUGCUUCAUCUUCACAAAAAAAUCAACUCAAAUCAAUAACACUCUACAGUUUAAAACUGACUUUAUAGUAACACAUGGUGACAAUGCUGGACCUACAUCUGCAACUGAUUUUUUUUAAAAUGUAUUUUUUUAUUACAGAUCUCCUGUGCUUUACUCCAAACAACACACAAGUUACAAGGCAAAACCUAGAUAUACCAGGUAAGAUACCUCAUGUCAUGUACUGAGAGCCACGGAUGAGUUUAGGGGAUUUAGUGAGCAGUUCAUCCAUAUGUUUACUAUAUGUUUGGGAUGAAUGUAUUGGCAUUUUGGGAAUUAAGUAUUACACAUGGGCAGCUUCCUUGCUGGAUUAGUUGCUGGGUAUCUUUUUUGUUCCCUCACUUCACUAAUAAUUAUGCCUCACAACGUUAUUUUAUAAGCAAACUGCAACACUAAAAGUGCCAGUAUCAGUGCUAAAUUCGUAUAAUGUUAUAAUAAGCUUCCCUAUACUUGAAUGCAAUGUCAGUUGCAGUUUUGUAUAUAUGUCUGUAUACAUUAGAACUCUUUAUUUUAAUGUGUUUGUUAGUAGUUGACGAGAGGCCACAUCUUGUUGUGAGUCAUUUCUAUGGCAAAGUAAUAGUGAGUCGGGGCUGGAAAACCCUAGUGUGCUUUUGUCUGAUCAUGAUGCUGUGAAAAAAAUGGGGGGCAAUAAUUGCUUACACCAUAUCACCCUGCUAAAUUCUCUGUCACCUUAACAUCAUGAAUAUUUGAUAUUAUUAUUAUUAUUCUUUAUUGAAUGCAAAUACAGUAGGAGUUGAGAUCCCUAUUCCCAUGAGCACUUACAUUCAAGAUGGAUAGGAGGGGUAUGAAAGAAGAUAUGGUGAGAAUUAUGUUAAUACAGAGUGAGAUGAGGGCAUUUAUUGGUUCAGUGGACUGCGUUAGUUUGUUCAUGGCUUCCCUGAAUAAAAACUUAAUUAGAGAUCAUUUAAAGGAUCACUAUAGGGUCAGGAACACAAACAUGUAUUCCUGACCCUAUAGUGUUAACACUACCAUCUAGCCCCCCUGGGCCCCUCAUGCCUCCAUAAAUACAGCAAAAUCUUACUGUAUUCAAGCCAGAAGCUGUAACUCUGCAUGCUGUUUGACUCAGAAAAAAAAAUAAAAAACAGUCUGCUGACACCAUCAGCAGUGGUGGCCUGAGCAAAUCACAAUGCUUCCCCAUAGGAUUGGCUAAGACUGGCAAAGAGGCAUAUCAGGGGCAGAGCCAGCACAAUUCAAACACAGCCCUGGUCAAUCAGCAUAUCCCCAUACAGAUAAAUUGAAUCAAUGAAUCUCUAUGAGGAAAGUUCAGUGUUUGCAUGCAGAGGGAGGAGAUACGGAAUGUUUGGAUGCAUUUUAGGCAGCCAUGACCCAGGAACAGGGCUGCCAUCAGAAAUUUUGGGGCCCCUGACAGAGCUCAAGGUCUGGGCCCACCGGUGCCUGCACCCGAGUCCGUCCGUCCGUCCCCGUCCCCCCCUCCUGAGUCCGCCCACAGGGAUGCAGUGUCUGCAGGGCCGGUGCAAGGAUUUUUGCCGCCCUAGGCAAAAGUAAAGUUUGCCGCCCCCCAUGUGACAUCACAAUGACCCACCCAUAUGAUCUGCCAUGUUAACUAACACAGUGCUGCCGUGUUUACAAUAAAAAGCCUGCAGGGACAGGCUAUAGACACCAGAACCACUACAUUAAGCUGCAGUGGUUCUGGGGACUAUAGUGUGGCUCCACUGGUCUGGUGUAGAACAGGCUCUCUGGAGGCGGUUUGUAACUGUGGUCACAAAAAUCAAUGUUCUGGGAGAACGGGAAGCAGCUCCAUUUUUUUGAGGGCCCUUUACACAGCUCAAGGUCUGGGUCCCAGGGUCCACCUUCAUGUUCCACCAAUGAGUUUGUUCACAGGGGUGUGUGUGUGUGGGGGGGGGAUGUCCUGAUGUGUGUAAGGAAUGCAUUGUGUGAAUCUGUGUUUGUAUGUGUAAGAGCUGCAAGGUGAGUUUGUGUGUGUAUGGGAUGCAUUGUGUGUUGCUGUGUGUAAGGGAUGCAUUGCUUGUGUAUGUGUGUCUGUGUGUAAUGCAUUGUGUGUUUUUCUGUGUGCAAGGGGUGCAUGUGUGUGUGUGUGUGAUGGAUGUCAAUCUCUCCCCCUACCCCCGUCAAUUUCUUCCCCCUCCUCCAAUUUCCUCUUCUCCCCCCUCUCAUUGCCUUCUCCCCCUCCUCUCAUUUCCUUCUUCUCCCCCUCCCUCUCAUUUCCUUCCUUCUCCCCCCUCCCUCAAAUUUCCUUUCCCUCAAAUUUCCUUCCUCUCCCCCCCCUCAAAUUUCCUUCCUCUCCCCCUCCCUCAAAUUCUCCCUUCUCCCUCCCCUCCCUCAAAUUUCCUUCCUCCCCCCCCUCAAAUUUCCUCCCUUACUCUCCCCUGUGUUUCCUCUUCAGCUCCCUCGCGCGCUGCGUACUGAUGCCGGAGCCGGAAGAUGACGUCAUCUUCCGGCUCCGGCAUCAGUACGGUGCGCGAGGGAGCUGAAGAGGAAACACACAGAGAGUGCUCCCUCGCGCGCCGGGCCGCCCGCCGGGUGUCAGCAGGGCCAGCCUCUGGGGGGCCCUGAGGUGACCGGCUGCUGGGCCCCCCAGGAGAAGAGGCUGGCCCUGUGGGUACAUACCGGGGUCGCAGGACCCCCUGCGACCCGGUAUGUACCCACUGAAUGUGGGGACGGACGGGCCCCCCAGGACCGCCGGGCCCAUGACAACCGUUGCGGUUGUCAUGCCCUGAUGGCGGCCCUGCCCAGGAAGGAUCUCUAAUAGCUAUCUGAGGACUGGCCAGUGAAGUUAUCACUAGGCUGUAAUGUAAACACUGCAUUUUCUCUGAAAAGACAGUGUUUACAGCAAAAAGCCUGACAGUAAUGAUUCUAGUCACCAGAACAAAUUCAAUAAGCUGUAGUUGUCCCGGUGACUAUGGUGUCUCUUUAAAGUAAAGCAAACUAGCAUUCCAGAGGGUUGGUGUUACACAAGAGCAGCCCUGCAGUCUAGCAUGAGAAGAUGUGCUUAUAGAAGAUUCAAGCAGCAGGUCAUUGCUAGAUCUUAGAGGGCAGGAUGGAGUAUAUUUAUUCAUAAGUGAGAACAUGUGGUGGGGAGUGGGGUUAGUAAAUACUUUGUAGGUCAGGGUGCGUAUUUGUAAGUUUAAUUCUGCUGUUAAUUGGAAGCCAAUAAAUGGACUUGCAAAGAGAUGCAGCAGACAGACACAUAGUAUUGGGUAAGGUGGAUUAAUAUGGCAGAGGCAUUUUGCAUGGACUCAAGGUAGGAGAGACGGCAGAGAGAAAGGAAAUUUAAUAGUUUAUUGCAGUAGUAAAGACGAGAAAUGACAAGGAAGUGGGUGAGUUGCUUAGUUUUGUGAAUGUUUAGAAAUGGCCAGAUAUUGGAAAUGUUGCAUAAGGGCUUGCUGCAGCUAGAAUAAAACAGUUGGAUGUGGGCAUGAAAGACAGGUUGGAGUCAAUUGUAACUUUGAGACAGUGGACUUUUGGUGAUGCGGAGACAGUGAUAGAGAAGUCAGAAAUUAGAGUAGAGCUAAUGGGGGGCGGGAGACGGGAGAAAGAGCUCAGUCUUGUACAUAUUAAUCUUCAGGUGGCAUGAACACUUGCACAAGAAAUAAAGCUGGCAUAAAAUACUUUAUGGCCCAAUCCCAUUCUCAAGUCCUUCAGAAAAUGAAAUGUAACUGUUUAUAUAUGAUAAAACUAGAGGAAAGCUGCCAGGGCUUCCAACCAUUUUCAGCUUGAUCAUCCUUCAUUUCCUAUGGUUCUGGUAUGCUGAAGUUGCUCUAUUAAUGAUGAUGAUAGAUUUAACAGUAAACAACAGUAUUCAAAAUAGUGUUUAAAAAUGUAUAUCAGGUGUUUUGUUUUUGCUUGAUGCAUGAUACCCUGAUGUCAUCAGAAAGUACAUUCAGCAUUCAGUUAUCAUGAAUAUUGACAUAUGUUUCUAUUUCCCAGGUAUCUGUUUGCAACAAUUAAACAUACCAAUUGAGGUUCGGAACUUUUAUUCACCAAAAAAUGUCUCUGGAGUUAUUCUAUGUGUGUCCAACUGCAGUACCAACAGUGACUCUUUUAUAAACUGUAACAAGGGACAAUGUUCGGUCACCCACCAAGGACCAAAAUGCUAGUAAGUAAAAUCCACACACAAUAUAUCUUCUGAAUAUUACAUACCAUCUCCAACAAUUUAUCUGUUCUGUUAAUCUUUUUUUUUUAUUGAUAUUUUAAAACCUGUAAAAUGAUGCUGAAAACACUAAUCUUUAACUCACUAAUAUAAAUACCAAAUAAAGACAAAGUACUUUAGUGGUAGCUAAAAAAAAAACUUAAGUAAAAUGACUGCAAGUACUAUAGUCCAUGGCAACCCAUUCAGGUUCUUAUACAAAAGCUCACUAUCUGAAAAUAGUGAUGGCAUUACAUGGGCAUACUGGUGGAUACCAAGUGCAGUCCUUCCAUAUCUUAUAGUUAUAUUAUCAUGUGGGGAAGGACUUGACUCUGGUUGGGAAGACAAUGGUUGAGUAAUGCAUGGGCAUAAAGGAUGGGAGUAAACAUGAUUUUUUGAAUUCAUUGAUUGUCAAAGAACCGUGAUUCGGUAGCAAAUGCUGCUGUCUUUAUGAAAAAUCCUGAUCUUACAGUUAUAGUGACACAGAGAGAGUUGCCACUUAAAGUUUUGAACACUACUACUUCACUUAUUAUAAGUACAAAAAUACAGCAAACCUAAUAGUGUGAACUCUAGAAUAUCUGUGAAUUAGUUACUUGAUGGAUAAAUUGGUCUGAAAGAACUCUCAAUUCUCCUUCUUCAUAUACGUCUAUUUUUUAGUUAGAUUGUUUAGGCCUUAUGUUUCUCACUUCACUUUCUAUUUGUUUGGAAAAUAGAGGAAAAACUACACUCCUCACAAAUCACAAUCUAGAGUGCUCAAAUCUGACAUGAGGCUGGCAAUACAGCAACAUACAAGACAACCAACAAAAGAACAUCCAGACAUAAGGUUGAAUUACUGGCUGAAUUCACUAAAGUUCAAAGUAUAAUAGCAACAUUUUGACCUCUAGAUGAGGUCUUUAUCAAGUAUGAUAAAUACUUAAUCUGGAGGUCGAAACGUUGCUGCGAUACUUUGUUCUUCAUUAAAUCUGCCAGUUUUUCAACCUUGAGUGUUUGGAUGAUCUUUGCUGGUUCUCACUUCAGUCUCAACCUGAUGUCCCACACUUUUUAUGCUCUUUCACCAAAGAUCAUUAUCUCAGAUGUUCCCUUUGCUCUAUUUGUAGUUGUGUAUCAUCGGACCAGUUCUGGUAUUCAGGAGACAGAUGCCAAGUAUCUAUCAGUAAACCUGGUGUGUACGGUGGAGUGGCUGCUGGUCUGGCCGUACUUCUCAUUAUUAUUUUGACUCUGGCUAUAAUUCUGUGCAGACGGAGACGUCAAGCUUCAGAGAAGUGAGUACACUUUUUAAUCAUGUUUAAGAAUUGAGGUAAAAAGGAUUAAAUUCUUUCCCCAUUGCAACAUUUAGAAAGUUGGUUAAAUGUACACAUUGCUCAAAACAUAAGUUAGUAAUAAGAGUGUGUGACAAAAUGCCAACUAAACAUCAUCGGUGAUAUAAGUCUAUCAGCAGGGACUAUUACAGAGAAAUUGGGUCAAGCCAGUAGGCUACCCCAGCUAGGUUCACCAUUUGGUGAUUUGUCCUUAAAGAUGUGAUGAAAUACCUAAAUAAAUAAUAAAUACUACAAAGCUGAGAUAACAGGUAUUAACACCUUAAAGACCAAACUUCUGGAAUAAAAGGGAAUCAUGACAUGUCACACACGUCAUGUGUCCUUAAGUGGUUAAACAACAUAAUAUUAAUAAUAAAGUAAAAUAUUCAUACAAGGGUUUGUGAAGACAAAUACAAUCGUGAAUAUGUCUUUUACCUGUAUAAGCCACAAUAUGCACAUUAACGAGUCUUGUUUUUCAGUUAACACACAUAACUGUUGUAAUCAACAGAUAGCACAGUACAUCGCUGCUGCAGACUAAUUUACAUCCAGCAGGUGGCAUUGCACAGGCCCCACAGCCAGACAGAAGAUUAUACAAGACAUUUCUCAAAUAAUAUUCCAAUGCACACCCUGUACCUAUAAUUGGAACAUAUAUAAACAUGAGUCAUCCUGGGAACUGAAUGCACUGAUGGCAACUGUAUGCACAGUAACAUUAGUAUUAAAUCACAGUAUGGUGCUUUAUUACUCUAAAAUUGUCAACCUAGCAGGAAAUUGGAUUCCUUUUUUUCUAUUGCAAUGUGUCCUUAAUUCAAACUAAAAAUAGACUAAUAAAUAUAGUAUAAAUAGUAUAUACAAACAGUGAUGAUUUGGAAACAAAUAUCCAACUUGAUUAUUUUAGCCUAUUUUUGUAAUUUGCUUUUUGAUUCUCUACAAUUCUGUGUUUAAUGAAUAAAUCCCUAUGAGUUUUAGGGAUCAGACUCUUACUGCACUUGAAAAGGUUUUGAUCAUAAUAAAUGUUGUAGAUCAUUAUAAUAUUAUAGCUUUUUCGCUGUUGAGGUUGUUGUUAAACAAACUGCAUUUAUUAAAUAAGCUGUUAGUUUUCUGAGGAGUCUUGUGGGUGAUGCAUUAUUGCAUGAAGAAUAUUGCGUGUAUUUGUCAUUAAUUUAAAAGGAUAUUACCUGAAUAUUUUCCUUUUAAAUGUUCUCAUUUUUAGAGAUUAUAUGUGUUUUUGUAGGGCACAGGUUCUACCACCUCUUACUCACUAAUAUCUUAUGGGGAUGUUUAGCCCCCUCAGUCAGCCUCUUUCAUUUGUAGGCACUGUUCUGUGAGCUUGCUCUGUACCAGGCAGGUAACUCUACUGUGUGUGCAUGCACAACUCAUGCAAGUUAAGGAGACCACUUUGAAUUAUGCUAACAGGCUCUAAUGUUUUAUUGUACAAAAGUUCUGAUAGAAUUAGAGGAACCAGAUUUGUUUUCAUCAUACACUAGGAGAGUAAAUAAAAAGUAAAACUAAAUUAUGUGUCCCAUGAAAUUAUACUUAGCAGCUUUUGGUUCAUUGCCUAAACAAGGGUUAAUUUUUUUUUAAAAAGGUUGCUGGUCAAUGUUUUGUCAGUAAGUAUUUAAACACCAAUACAAAAUUCUAUUGACUUAACUACUCUUUUCUCCUUUCCAGACUGAUAGACAAAGAGAAUCGCUGGUAUGAAGAUGGCUGGGAAGCAGAUGGUAGAGGUGAAAGUAAGUGUUGCAGAUGAUCAUGUUUGUAGACCCUAUGAGACUUUUGUGGAAUAUAUAUCCGUUAAUUUAUACCAGACUCCUUCCUCUGAAUAUCAUUCCCCUGGCCUACAAUCUGUGUGCUAAGCAUGACUUUCAGAGUCAUAUCAAUUGUCUUCCUAUGAAGAAACAUCAAGUUUUUAGUCGUUGCAACACAGAACAUCACAUUCUACUCUUUCCUGCACAACAUUUCUCCUUUCACCAUUUAUUAUAAUAUAGAGCGAGGCUAUUUUAACUUUUUUUCCGAGACAUGCAGUUCAUCACAUUAUUAACCUGUUACAUUGGCAUGACCAAAAAAGCUAUGUAUUAACUAUUAACCUGCAUCUUCUCUUCUAUAGGAUCUGUGGACACUGAGAGUGGUGCAAGUAAUUUCUAUCCGGUCCUUGAGAAUGUGAAUACAGAUGUCAAGGUGAGAAAUGGGCACAGGCGUAUACUAAAUAUCUGAAUGCUGCAUGGCUUGUUUGGCGAUACAAAAAAUAAUUAUAGUAAUUAAUACCAUUUAAAUUAUUCUAGAUGUUGUGAUUAUCAAAUUGUAGAACUCUUGUCAUUUAUCCAAGCCUUUUGGAAUAUUAGUUCUACUGUAUUAAACAUCUCUCAUUUUGUCUAAUUUGUCUCCUCCAGAUGACUGUUCCCCGACCAAGCCCCUAUUUUGGGCCACGAUCUGUACCAACAGCUAUGUGGGAAUCAUCCACCUGA